AUGAGGGGCUCUGCACCCUCUCCAUUCGACCUUGCUGACCCUCCAGAGAAAGAUCUGGCCAAGCAAGGUCAGGUUGCAGAGGCCAAUGAGGUGUGGUGCUGGGUGCAGCUCACCCCUGCACCCCACAAGCUGCAUACCUCACAGGCUGUGCACCGCAGCUCCUGCAAACCUGUGGUCAUCGGUGUCUCGGAGGACUGCUGCCUGGCCUACCACCCCCCGCUGAGGUUAUCCGUGUUCCUCCACGCCAGGUAUUUCCGGUGGCAGGAGGUGAGCGGAAGUUGCAAUCUGCCAGCCGUGAUAUUCCACUUCCCUCAGCCAGGCAGAGUGGUGUGCGGGAACCCGAGGGACAAGGUGGUGAGGAAGGCCAUGCGGGUCCUGAGGACUCAGAUGAAGUCCCAGCAGCAGGCCAGCAACGUCACUGUCCAAGGCCUACAGGCCCGAAGGAAUAAGGAGAAUUCUUCACUGUCCAAGAUGCAUUCCAUCAGGCUGAGGCAUCACCUGGGCAACGGCAAGAAGAAUGCUGGGGCUGUAGUGACCAGCAAAUGAAUCAGCAAUCAAAAGGCAUCUGGCACGUAACACCCGUUUGGAGGGACCCCGAGCCCUGGCACUUCCGGGACCCUGCGAUGGCACCAGGGGGGGCUGCCUCUUCCUCCACGACCCGCUGCACCCGCGCUGCCCUGCGCCUGCCCCUAACCCUUCCCGCCCUGGGACGGCUGGAAAGAGGAAGCCAACCCUACUUACUGAAGGUCACCCGGGACCUGCAUCAAUCUGGGGGCAGGGACCUUUUUUUAAAAUUUUUUUUAAAUUUUUAUUUUAAAGAGAAAAAAAUAAAAUUUCAAAGCAAAAUAAUGAGAGUAACAACAGUUAA